AUGCAAGCUUGUCCCAUGCCCUCGUCGCGCCUCGCCCCGCUCGUGCACGCAGCGCUGCUGUCGUCGGACCCGUACGCGGCCCCCCACUCCUUUCGCAGCAUCCGGCUGCCGUCCCUCACGCCGCGCUUCCCAGUGCUGCCGAGUCUCGUGAGCACACUCGCAGCCCAAAGCGGCUACACGUCGCCGGCCUCGUCUUCACCGGUCCACACGUCGUCGUCCAUCUCGUACCUGCUAAACCCGCCGACGCACCUCGUGGCCACUGCCCACUACCCCCUGCAACAACCACAACAGCCACAACAACUGCAACAACAACCACAACAGCAGUCGCCGUACGCUCCACCUGCAUCGACUGUCGGUCCGCCGACCGCACUGUACCAUCCGUACGCCCUAAGGGCCGCGUCCUGCGCUGGCGCACCGACCGACGGCUACCGCCCCCGCGACGUCAAGACGCAGCUCAAGAAGAAGCGCAAGACGCGCAUUUGCAAGUCCGACGGCUGCGAAAAGUACGUCGUCGACCGCGGGCUGUGCAUCCGCCACGGCGGCGGCAAGCGCUGCUCGGUGGACGACUGCAACUGCCGCGCGCAGAACCGCGGGCUGUGCUGGAAACACGGCGGCUACACGCGCUGCACGGUCGACGGCUGCACGAAACGCGCCAAGUCGCGCGGCAUCUGCUGGUCGCACGGCGGCGGCACGCGCUGCAAACACGGCGGGUGCGCCAAGAUCGCCGUCUCGCACGGCCUCUGCUGGGCGCACGGCGGCGGCAAGCGCUGUCUCGUCGAGACGUGCCAGAAACCUGCGUACGAGCGCAACGGGAACUUGUGCGCCGAGCACUGCACGCAGCACCGGACACAGCCGCAGCCGCAAUUGCAAUGGCAAAGACCAGCGCAGGUGCAGGUGCACGGGAGUGGCGCUGCCACUGGGACUGCGGCUCCGCCCGUCACGACCGAAUUCACGAACUAA